GGAGACGCUGCGAGGCGGGGAGCGGAGCCGUGAGCGCGGAGCAGCGACGGGGAGCCGGGCAGGGGCGCGCCGGCGGGCUCGGAGCGAAGAGCGGGGAACUGAGCCGCGCAGAGCCCGCCCGGGCUGCGGAGGAGCGGCCGGGCAGGGGGAGCCGGGCAGGGCAGCAUCCCACUGCCGGCGGGGUAGCCGGGCGGGGCGAGCGGCGGAGUCGGGGUCCUCCCCGGCCCCGCGGAACCGAGGGGGGCGGUCUGGGGGCUGAGCCUCCCCGCAGCCCCGGGGCGGGGGCGAGGCGGCGGCGGCCCCAUGGGCGGCGGCGGGGGCGGCUCUGCGCGGGGCUCGCCCGCCGCGGCUGAUGCCGCUGUCGCCCGCCCGCGGGGCGCUUGAUGCAGGCGGCGGGGCCGGGGGAGGCGGCGGCGGGCGGCUCCCGGCCAUGUGUCGGCCGGGGGUGUGCGGGGUCCUGGGCCGGGCGUGCCUGCUGCUGCUGCCGCCCUGCGCCCUGGUGCUGGCGGCGGUGCCCGGCUCCGCGUCCCACCCGCAGCCCUGCCAGAUCCUGCGGCGCAUCGGGCACACGGUGCGAGUGGGGGCUACCCACCUGCAGCCCCGGGCCGCCCCCGCCGCCGCCGCCUGGCCCGGGGAGGCGGCGGGCGGGCGCCCCGAGGGGCCGCGGGGCCGGCGGGCGGGGGGCGGCGGGGGACAGCGGCGGCCGCCCCCCUCGCCGCGGGACGCGCUGCUGCUGGCCGUGGCCAACCUGAACGGCGUGCCCGGGCUGCUGCCCUACAACCUGUCCCUGGAGGUGGUGAUGGCGAUCGAGGCGGGGCUGGGCGACCUGCCCCUCUUCCCCUUCUCUUCAGCCAGCGCCUCCUGGAGCAACGACCCCGUCUCCUUCCUGCAGAGUCUCUGCCACACCGUGGUGGUGCAGGGGGUCUCAGCCAUCCUCGCCUUCCCGCAGAGCCGUGGGGAGAUGCUGGAGCUGGACUUCGUCUCGGCGGCGCUGCGCAUCCCGGUGGUCAGCAUCGUGCUGGGCGAGUUCCCCCGGCGGAGCCUGAACCCCCUCCACCUGCAGAUGAGCUUAGAAAACUCACUGAGUUCUGAUGCUGAUGUCACUUUCUCAAUCCUUGCGAUGAACAACUGGUACAAUUUCAGCCUGAUGCUGUGCCAGGAGGAGUGGAACAUCACAGAUUUUCUCUUCCUCACGCAACAGAGCUCCAAGUUCCACCUGGGGUCCAUUAUAAACAUCACAGCAAACCUCACGUCAACCAGUGACCUUCUGAACUACUUGCAGUUUUAUCUGGAGAGCAUCAAAGACACAACGUCGACCAUGGUGAUGUUUGGGUGUGACAUGGAGAAAACGCGGAGGAUUUUCGAGAUAACCACGCAGUUUGGUGUGAUGCCUCCAGAGCUGCACUGGAUUAUUGGGGAUUCACGGAACGUGGAAGAGCUGAGGACAGAAGGUUUGCCCCUUGGUCUCAUCGCUCACGGCAAGACAACUCAGUCAGUCUUCGAGCAUUACGUGCAGGAUGCCAUGGAGCUGGUAGCCAGGGCUGUGGCAGCAGCCACCAUGAUCCAGCCUGAACUGGCUCUCAUUCCAAGUACGAUGAACUGCAUGGACAUGGAGGAGAGGAAUAUCACUUCAGGCCAGUAUUUGUCAAAGUUUUUAGCCAACACAACUUUUGAUGGUCUCAGCGGCCACAUUAAAGUUAAGGGCUCAUCCAUUGUCAGCUCAGAAAAUAAUUUCUUCAUCUGGAAUCUGCAGCAUGACCCCAUUGGAAACCCAAUGUGGACACGCCUGGGGAGCUGGCAAGAAGGGAAGAUCAUCAUGGACUAUGGCAUAUGGCCAGAACAGGCACAGAGACAUAAAAGUCACAUGCAACACCCCACCCGACUGCACCUGAGGGUGGUGACUCUGAUUGAACAUCCCUUUGUCUUCACAAGGGAUGUAGAUGAUGAAGGUCUUUGCCCAGCAGGGCAGCUGUGCCUGGACCCAUUGACCAAUGAUUCAGGUGUGCUGGACAACCUGUUUGAAACCCUCCAAGGGGGCAAUGACACUGUCCCCAUUGAGCUGAAGAAGUGCUGCUAUGGCUACUGCAUUGACCUACUGGAGAAGCUGGCUGAGGAUAUGAAUUUUGAUUUUGACUUGUACAUUGUUGGGGAUGGAAAAUACGGUGCCUGGAAGAAUGGCCACUGGACAGGACUGGUGGGAGACCUUCUUGCUGGUACAGCUCACAUGGCAGUGACAUCAUUCAGCAUCAACACUGCCCGAAGCCAAGUGAUUGAUUUCACCAGCCCCUUCUUUUCAACCAGCUUGGGGAUUUUGGUGAGGACCAAAGACACUGCAGCUCCUAUUGGAGCCUUUAUGUGGCCACUUCACUGGACUAUGUGGCUGGGGAUAUUUGUUGCUCUUCACAUCACAGCUGUAUUCCUCACCUUGUAUGAGUGGAAAAGUCCUUUUGGAAUGACCCCUAGGGGAAGGAACAGGAACAAAGUGUUCUCCUUCUCCUCUGCCCUCAAUGUCUGCUACGCAAUCCUGUUUGGAAGAACAGCUGCCAUCAAACCCCCAAAGUGCUGGACUGGAAGGUUUUUAAUGAAUCUCUGGGCUAUUUUCUGCUUGUUUUGUCUGUCGACAUACACAGCCAACCUAGCUGCUGUCAUGGUGGGAGAGAAGAUCUAUGAAGAACUUUCUGGAAUACAUGACCCAAAGCUCCACCACCCGUCCCAAGGGUUCCGGUUCGGCACGGUGCGGGAGAGCAGCGCCGAGGACUACGUGAGGCAGAGCUUCCCGGAGAUGCACGAGUACAUGCGGCGCUACAACGUCCCUGCCACCACCGACGGGGUGGCCUACCUGAAGCACGAUCCAGAGAAACUUGAUGCCUUCAUCAUGGAUAAAGCACUCUUAGAUUAUGAAGUGUCAAUAGAUGCUGACUGCAAGCUCCUAACUGUGGGAAAACCCUUUGCCAUUGAAGGAUAUGGCAUUGGUCUUCCCCCCAACUCUCCGCUCACCUCAAACAUCUCUGACCUGAUCAGCCAGUACAAAUCCCAUGGCUUCAUGGAUGUUCUGCAUGACAAGUGGUACAAGGUUGUUCCCUGUGGAAAACGAAGCUUCGCCGUCACGGAGAGGUCAGAAGUGCUUGACUCUGCUGUUUUGUAUCAACUUCUCCAGCAAAACCACUUACCCAAGGCAUCUGACCCUGACCAUCACCCACUGGAUCAUUUAUGGAACGUGCACCUAGAUCAGGCUUGGAAAGAGCACUGCAGUGAAUUUCACUUUACCCUCUCCACUGCAGACACUGCAGAUGGGGAUAAAGCAUUUCUCAGGGCUCUUUGUGAUGUUAUGCGUUGGCUUUGGUUUGUCCAUUCUCACCACUAUUGGGGAACACAUAGUGUACAGACUGGUCCUGCCACGAAUCAAGAAGAAAUCCAAGAUGAAGUACUGGCUCCAUACCAGUCAGAGAUUACAUCGUGCUCUGAACAGUUCAUUUAUUGAGGAAAAACAUCAGCCUAAGAAAAAACGAGUAGAAAAGAGGGCCCAUGUGGGGAAUAGCCAGCAAGCGGUGUGGAACACAGCCAGCCUGGGCAACUGCCACCGAAAAAAAUACAUCUGCACUGAUGAGGGGCAAAAUGAGGUGACAAUCCAUCAGCACCAGGACAUCUCCCUGCCACAGGGGAGGAGAGAGACUCCGCCUUCCUUAACCACCAACGGGAAAGCAGAGUCCCUCAACACUGCGAGGACCUCAGUGCUGCAAGAGCUGACAGAGCUGGAGAAGCAGAUCGAAAUCAUCAAGCAGGAGCUGCAACUUGCCAUGGACAGGAAAUCAGAGCUGGAAGAGUAUGCACAGACAAACAGAACUGCAGAGCCCUAGGCCAGCAUAUCUGUGCCCUUCCCCUUUUCUUCCUUUCUCCCCUUCCUGUGUAAAAUUUGUAACACACUUUUGUAAUGCCAGAAAGGGGUGCAAAAAUAAACCAGGCAAUAAGCUGUUCCGGAGAGCAGAAUUGCAGCAGCCCACAGCCACUGCCACCCUCCUGAGUUCCCCUCCUUUCACAGCAAGUUUCUUAUUCUCCUGGAAAACACCAGCCAUUCCCAAGGGACUGGAGAGACAAGGAGCAUCCCAAUGAGAGUUCCUCGUUUCUCCACUUGACAAUACAGUGAGGUUUCACUUUUUUAGCCCUUUCUGUGCAUUAAUUAAAAAAAAAAAAAAAGAUACAGAAAAAAGGUUUAAACUGUUCACUGGCGUAUGUCCCUUUGUUGGUACAUUUUUUGUUGUGUUCUGUGUGGGUCUAGUCUCUGUUCAUGUGAAGGCUCCUCAUGGAUGCCUCUUUAGGCAGGUGCUGUUCUGUGUUGGUAGUCCCUUCCCUCCUGGCACAGGCUCACAAGACAAAUUCCUAAUGUCAAACCCACCACACACCAUUCCCUCAGCUCUGUCAGCACAAAUUGGAGGUGUGGCUGCUCUGAGGCUGUGGUGAAGGAACUCACCCAGCUUAAAAUAACUUGGCAAAAACCAAACCACCAGUUCUGUCUGCCUGUGAGCCUAGGCUGGGCUUCCACUCCCUCCCAGGGAGAAGCUGUGCAAAUACUGCACUGACAGGUGAAGGGAUGGAUUCACAGUGGCACAGGACAAGGAUGAGAAGGGAGAGGGGGCACUACUGUAAAUCAGUAUUUACCUCAAAAAGUGAAAUAUUUGCUAGUGUGAAACGACUCCCUUAAUAUUGUCUGUCUUACGAUGACAAUAAGGUCCUUUCUCAAAGAUGAGCUGACUAAAGGGGCUCUGGACCAUGAUUUAUUCAGAUAUCAAAGUCCCAUCAAUACCAAAAGCAGUCACCAAAACCACUCUGUGGAUGAAGAAUGAGAAUUGUGGUUUCUGAGGCAAUGUACUGAAUGGAGCUUGCUCCCUUCUGGGUGAUGAGGGGAAGGAAGGGUAAGCUGUUCAGCAUCUGAAUAAACACUGCAUCAACCUAA